UCAUUUGAAUGGCUUCUGAUGACCUUCUGAUAGAAUACUGGUAUUACAGUGUAUGUAAGCAUAGUCAGGUGUUAUUGUCAGAGGACCCGCAUGUUUCAUUAACGGGUCUGGGACAUGGGCGCGUAUACAAGCCAGAUAGUGGUUCCAGAGUCCAAAGCAUGCACCAAAUUUACCGACCCAAAAAGCGCCAACUGGAUCAGUGUCCAUGCCGUAGCUACUGAAUUGAACCUCGCCGAAGUUGACCGGCUGUGGUUGAGGUUUAAGCAGCUGGGGUGCUCGGAUAAUGGAGAACUGACGGAGGAGAAGUUGUCUAAACACUCCGUGUACCAGGACGCCUUCUCUAGACGGAUAAUAAUGCAGUUCGUAAACCCAAAGACAAAAACAAUAACAUUUGAGAAUUUUCUCCGAGGACUGAAAUGGUGUGAAACUUCGAAACUGGAGGACAAACUUAAAGGUAUUUUCCGAAUGUUGAAUAGUGGUAAAGAUAUACCCAAGGACAUCUUUAGAGAGAUAAUUAAGAGAGUUUACGUCCAACCAGAGGACAGGGGGAAUAUUGAUAGCGUCGUCAAUACAUUAUACAAAAUGAUGGACCCCAAGAACAAAGGUACAAUCACAGAGGCAAGCUUUGUGAAGGCCUGUCGUGAACUCCCACCUUCUACGCUGGAAAGUGCCUUGAACUUUGAACUUCUGCCCUCAAAUAUGAGACAGGAACUUCACAGCAAACUCCCAGAGUUCGGCACCCCUGACCCCCGUAGUUCUGCAGAGAGGGCGGUCCCUGGGGAUGGGGCGCUAAAGAGAGUGGCAGACAAAGUCAAGUCUAGGGACUGGGACAGGCUCGCCAACAAACUCAACUUUGAUUCGGAGGAAAUCAAUAAGUUCAAAUCCCAGCACAGGGACCCUGAGGAUCAGGUGUAUGCCAUGCUGAGGAGCUGGAGGGCCCAGGAAGGGAGUCUCGCCCAGGCCUCAGUGCUGGCCCGGGCUCUCCGUGACUGUCGCAUGGAUGACGCCGUGGCUGUAUUACUGCCAUAACGUGUUCACAACCUCUGUCUUCAUUGAGAAAUGAUAUCAAGAGCUUCAGUUCCUAGUCCUAUGGGGAUUCAGAAUAAUUGAAUCCUGUAUUUCUUUUUUUCCUGUAUCUUCUACUUCAAUCAAAUGAAAUAUAGAAUAUCAUUUUACAAGAUAUUGCCGACUUCAAAGAAAUAAAUGAUGUCAAAUAUCAAACGUUGGCUAUGUUAAUCCUUUAACCCAAUUGCUUGCAUUCCUACUGAUCCCUUGUUCUGCUUUGUGCCUUAAAUUCUGUUGCAUUUGUAAAUCCAUUAAUGUAAUUUCUCUAAAGAAAACAUUUGAAAGAUGAAAAAAAAAACUACAUGUACCAUGCAUAUGCUUCACCAAAUCAUCAUCAUACAAAUAUUUACCCUGGACGAGUGGUGCACAGUGGUACACACCAGAGCAGGUGUAGCUGAUAAUGUCAUGUC